CAACGACAUAUCUUCCUGACAUAACCAUGACCACUCAGUUUCGAAUUUUGCAUCCGAAGAAAAUCCAGUAAACAUGGCCUCCGUAGCGAAACCGUCAUUCCUUUCGCCUCCACUUAGUCUGAUCAAGAAUGCUGCUUCUUCAGCUCGGAGGGUUCAUUCACUCAGCUUCUCUCCAGUCUUUACACCCAAGAAGCUCAAAGUCUCGUCAUCCAUUUCAUCAGAUGAGCCACAGCCUGACCCGGCUGAGGCUGACCCGGCAAAACUUGCGUUUGCCAAAGCCAAGGAAUAUAGAGAAUCGAUAAAAUCCAAGCCAACGACUGAAAUUUCAGCCAACCCAGUUGGCCAAUCUGCUGGAAUUGAUCAAAAUAAUGAAGAAUUCGAAGUAUCAAAGCCGGAAGCUAUAAGGUCAGAAGGGAAUGAUGAUGGAGAAGAGAAGGUUCCCGUUGCUGUUAAGUUGGCAUUUGAAAAAUCGAUGGAUUAUAAGAAGAGAAAAGGUGAGGUGGACGAUGUUGAAGCUAACAGGGAGCUAGAGAGAAGGUCAGGGGUGAAGAAAGACUUUGAUAAAAAAGAUCAGUUGAAGGUUUCGAAUAUUGAUUUUUUGGGGCUUCAGUUUUCGGAGAAGAAAGACAGGGGGUUGCCUGCUGGCCUAGUUCCAGUUAUAGACUCUUAUCCUGAAGGUGACCUUCCGGAGGUGGAGAUACUUGUUGGAGAUGCAAGCAAGUUUGUUGAUGGGGCUGCAUCAUCGAGUUCUGUUGAGGAAGAGAGUACGGAUGUUUAUAAGCCAAAGGUUUCCACUUGGGGAGUUUUUCCCAGGCCUAGCAAUAUUUCAAAAACGUAUGGAGGUGGAAGAGUUAUACGCCCUGGGGAGGUUCUGGAAACAGCUGAAGAUCGGGCUGCAAAAGAGGCACGCACAAGACAGCUACUUUCUGCGUAUAAGAGUAAAAUUGGCUUGAAUAUUCGUCCUGAGCUAAAAUCUGAAUGUCAGAAGGCAUUAAAUGAUGGAGAUUCCUUGAUGGAUCUUGGAAAACUUGAAGCAGCAUUACCUUUCUAUGAGAAGGUCAUGGAUAAGUUGCCUUUCCAGACCCAGCUUCAUGGUUUGGCAGCUUUGCAAUGGACAAUUUGUCAAGACUCACUGAAUAGAUAUUGGUCUCAGGCCUAAUGAAGCUAGAAGCAUGUAUGAGAAACUUCAGAGUCAUCCCAACCCUCAAGUGAGCAAGAAAGCAAGGCAAUUUUUAUAUGGCUUUCAGGCCAUGCAAAUGAUGAAGGUUAACUCUUCAACAGUUCCGCCUAAAAAUACAGGGUAUCAAAAUUAUUUCGAUGCGUUUGUAAGAGGUAAUUCUAAUUACGCUAUUACAGAGGCUGAAGUUGAUGAAGGUCCAUUGGAGCAAGCCCUGCCAUAUGUAAUUAUUCUUCUUGCUCCCAUCAUAUCAGUCAUUCUUAUUGUUGUUCUUAACUGAAGAUCAUAGUUGUUACGUGUAAGCUUCAUGUUUGAAUGUGAAGUUCCAGCAGUGCUUAAUUUAGUAAAAAUCCUGUAACUACAGCGAAUAUAUUAGUUUGUAUAUAGAGAGAGUAGUGCUAAUUCCUACCAUGGAUGUCAAAAUCAUUGGAUUGCCCAAUUUAUGUUGUCCAUGUACAAAAGUGAACUGAAUCAAAUGAGAUUCUAUUCCUAGUUUUUGGUUAAUUUUACAAGGAUUCGCUAAUUAUGGCUAUCAAACUGAUGAUCAUGAUAGUGACCCUCAGUCUGCGUAUAUUAUGGUGCUUUUAAUUGGAUAUGUUCAAGUCAAGGCACUAGAUUUUGCUUUGGAAGUCGAUGUAUCCUUCGGAAGUUACUAAAUGGUUGUUUGGAUCAAGAAUAUUAUCUAGAUUAACUACACAUUUUUUUUUAACUUAUAUUCUUCCAAAAAUGUGAACUCUACAAGUUGAGCAGAGAUUGGUAUUGAGCCAAGCAAAAAACACGUGGGAAUAAUCUUCGGCUAGAAAAUGAACCAUAAUUGCACUUAUACUUUUGCACUUUAUUUUGCAGAGAUUCUUUAGGAGUUUGAGAGUUAGUGAGAUCUGACCUAAAAAACAAGCAACAUAAUUAUUCCUGUUCAUAAAUUACAACUCCCUCUGUCCCACAAAAAUAGUCUACAUUAAAUUUUGAGUUUUGUACCGUUUUUAAUACAAAUUUGAAAACUCAAUGUGGCCUAUUUUUGUGGGACGGAGGUAGUACUUUUUAGAACCUUGCAUGAUCAAAAACUCAAAAGUCCUGUUAAAUAGUAAUGUACAUUAAAAACUGGAUAAGCGCUGUAUGCGAAUGUUCUUUUCUUUCAAUAUUUUUGAAAAGUAAGAAACUUGAUAAAUGUAAUGAAUUAUAAUCCAGCUCAAUUAGGACAUGGGGUUUUAAGAUAG